CUCCCGCCGCCCUGCCCCUGAGCGGGCCUCGGCAGUAGUGGGGCCGACGGCACGGCCACGACGCAAAGCAGCCCCAGGCCCCGGGGUUGCCCCUGCCGUGCGGCGGCGACGACCGCGUGCUCACCGCCCAGAGCUGCGGCAGGGGCCCGCGGAGGGCGCUCCCAGGGACAGCGUUGCGGUCGCGGCCGACGCCCGCCCCGUCCCGCGACCCGAGUCGGACCGGCCGCUCGCCGUCUGGCGUCUCGGGCCGCGGAGUGGAUGCGCGCCCGGUGAGCGCCGGCCCGGUGCCGCCCGCCAUGGCCGCUUGUUCCGGCCGGCUCUGGCUGCUGGGCCUGGCGCUGUGCGCGCUGAGCGGCGGAGGCCCCGGCCCGCGCCCCCCGCGCGGUUGCCUGCAGCGCCGCCUGGGCCCGCGCGAGCGGCGCGACAUGCAGCGCGAGAUCCUGGCGGUGCUCGGGCUGCCCGGGCGGCCCCGACCCCGCGCGCCCCCAGCCGCCGCCCGGCUGCCCGCGUCCGCCCCGCUCUUCAUGCUGGACCUCUACCACGCCAUGGCUGGCGACGGCGACGAGGACGGCGGGCCCCCCACGCGGAGCCUGGGCCGCGCCGACCUGGUCAUGAGCUUCGUCAACAUGGUGGAGCAUAACCAAGCCCUGGGCCACCAGGAGCUCCACUGGAAGGAGUUCCGCUUUGACCUGACCCAGAUCCCAGUGGGGGAGGAGGUCACAGCCGCCGAGUUCCGGAUUUACAAGCUGCCCAGCACCCACCUGCUCAACAGGACCCUCCACAUCAGCAUGUUCGAGGUGGUCAGGGAGCAGUCCAACAGGGAGUCUGACUUGUUCUUUUUGGAUCUUCAGACGCUCCGAGCUGAGGACGAGGGCUGGCUGGUGUUGGAUGUGACAGCAGCCAGUGACCACUGGUCACUGAACCCUAACAAGGACCUGGGACUCCGCCUCUACAUGGAAACAGAGGAUGGGCGCAGCGUGGACCCUGGCCUGGCUGGUCUGCUGGGGCGACAAGCACCGCGCUCCAAACAGCCUUUCAUGGUCACCUUUUUCAGGGUGGGCCCCAGCCCCGUGCGAGCCCCUCGGGCGGCGAGGCCCCUGAAGAGGAGGCCGCCAAAGAAAACCAACGAGCUGCCGCACCCACACAAACUCCCCGGGAUCUUUGGGUGGCCCCUGCCCGGGAGCUCCCCAUGGGAGCUGCACAGAGCAGGAGCCCCAGAAAAGACCUUGCAUGUGUCCCCUGCAGAUGACGUCCACGGCUCUGAUGGCCAGCACGUGUGCCGUCGGCACGAGCUCUAUGUCAGCUUCCAGGACCUCGGCUGGCUGGACUGGGUCAUCGCCCCCCAGGGCUACUCAGCCUAUUACUGUGAUGGGGAGUGCUCCUUCCCGCUGGACUCCUGCAUGAAUGCCACCAACCACGCCAUCCUGCAGUCCCUGGUGCACCUGAUGAAGCCAGACGCAGUCCCCAAGGCAUGCUGUGCACCCACCAAGCUGAGCGCCACCUCCGUGCUGUACUAUGACAGCAGCAACAACGUCAUCCUGCGCAAGCACCGCAACAUGGUGGUCAGGGCCUGCGGCUGCCACUGAGCCACCCUGGGCCACUGCAGUGAGGCGCCUGCACCCGGCCCCUCUGGAGGCCGGAAACCCUCAAACCCAGCCCAAUCUCAGGCAGGCGGGGCUCAGAAAUCAACACCGUCCAUGCUACUCUGCCCUUCCAGCCAGGGCUGGAUCCUCUCCAGAUCCCUUUACCCCUUCACUGUGAUUUGCAGCAGACUUCCGGUCUCCAGUCCUGGGGACCUGAGUCAUCAAGCAAGGUACUGCCCCAGCCCCCUUUCCCAGAGAUACAUGCUGGCCGGCUCUUUGGGGUUUGCACAACAGUCGUGUGUGAGGACCCGUCCAUGCCUAUUGCUGGGCCAGACUGUGGGCAGAUAUGGGAUGGCCCAGGGCCCAAGACAGCCACCUCAGGCUCUUUACCAUUCACUACAGGGUUCAGGUAUGUGGAGACAGGGUCCAGUGCACCUCAGGUUGCCUGCCUCUCCCAUGUGCAAAAUGGGGCAUUUCUGUGAAAAGAACAUGGACUGGCACUUACUGUUGAAUAUUUGUGUAUCUAAGUCAUCAAACUGCUGGCCAUAGGUAGGCAUGUGGGUCAAGAAGGAGGAGCCAAUCAUGAUUUAGGCUAAGGCCAGUGGCAUUUAUCUUCCCAUCUUAUUGCUUUGAUCUUCCUCUGCUUGUCUGAAGGCAUUUAGCCUUAGUAGAAACAAAAAAUCUCGGGUUUCACUGACUCAUCUGUCAGCAUGUUGAACUCUCAGCUCAGCUCUGUGGAAAUGCUAUUUUUUUACUGAGCCAAGCAUGGUGAAUGCACUGGGUGGCCUAAGAUGACUGUCUAGCAGAGGACACAAUUUCCCUUUCCCUUCUGCAUGGCAGGUAUCAAUAUCAAUCUUGCUAUUUUUUUCUUCCAAAUUUGAAUUUCAAAAUGAUUAGCACAGAACUUGAGGUUGCAACUGUCAACCGAUCAAAGUUGGUAUGUGAAGUGAAGACUGCCGUCUUCUGCCAUGCUGUUUUCACUGUUUCACCCAGAGCAGUGCAUCUGUGACAGUGGGCAGAUUGUGACCAGGCACCAAGCAAGGGCAGGAACUUGUUGGCAUCUGCUUGUGUCCAGUUGUCAAAAACAGGCUGUUUUUGGUCACCAAAAUCUGCAUAACCCAGGAGCCUUGUCCUAUUUCUCAGGGCCUAUGAGCCAAAGAAAAGGCCCCUGUCCCAGCAGAGUGACAGGCAGUAAUUAGGCUGACCUGGGUGGGGGUUCCUGGAAACCACUGUUCUCCUUGGAGCAGCCCCCACCGGUAGCUGGAGUGUUUAUUUGAUUUCUGACUUGCCAACCCUCUAAUUUACCUGCUGAGACAGACAGAUUCCAGCUGCCUGAACCCUGAAAUACUGUCAUUAAAAGCAGAUGCUGGUCCAGCCUCAACCCACAGGCACAGCCCAGCUGAGGUGGGCAACAUGUGCCUGAGGAUUCGUAUCUCUGGAAUUCACUGUGCUCCUUGAGGAGGGG